CAGCCACUCCCGGCGCCUCCGGACUCGGCGCGUCUUCGCGGGUUCGUCUCCGAGGAGUGUCGACCUGCGCAGACACCAUGGAGAUGGUACUGAUCUUCCUGUGCAGCCUGCUGGCCCCUGCGGUCAUGGCCAGUGCAGCUGAGCAGGAGAAAGAAAAGGACCCUUUUUAUUAUGACUAUCAGAGCCUGCGGAUCGGGGGCCUGGUGUUCGCGGUGGUCUUCUUCUCCCUGGGGAUCCUCCUCAUCCUCAGUCGGAGGUGCAGGUGCAGCUUCAACCAGAAGCCCCGGGCUCCAGGGGACGAGGAGGCGCAGGCAGAGAACCUCAUCACUACGAACGCAACGGAGCCCCCGAAAACAGAGAACUGAGGUGCCGCCCUCGGAUGGGAAGCCUUCUGCCCUUGUGGGUGUUCAAGAAAACUGCCCUUCCCCACACGUCCUUCCCCAGGAGAAACCAAGACCCUGUAGGACCCCGUGUCCCCUGCCCCACUCCAGUCAUCGCGCUCCGACGCAACUAACACUUGCGUUUCUGCAGCCUGCAGUCUGCUCCCACCCCUGUGACAUGUCUGUGUCUGUCUGUCUGCCUGUCUCCGUGCGUGAUGACUGUAGUCUUCGUGGCUACUUGUUUGUGGCCGGUGUCGUACUAGUGGCCUGUGAACUCCCUUUCCUGGGCAGCCGCUGCCAGCUCAUCCCGGGGCGCCCCUCCCCCAUGGCCCCCAUCAGCUUCUGCUCUGAGGAGCUGGCUUUUUUGCUGAGAGACUAGUCCCUUUUCAUGGCUCGGGGUGGGUGCAGAGGGGAAGGAGACCUAAAGGUCAGUGAUCCGAGCCCCCCAGCUGCUCCCCAAAAGGAGGACAAUGGAUCCAUCCGCUCUGACAUGCUCGGGGGCAGUUCUACCCUGUCCUGGAGGGUUGCAUGCGGUGAGGCAGCCGUGGCCUGGGUUUGGGUAGGGCUGUAGGGCUGGCACCAGGGGCCGCGAGUCUCUAUUAACUUGGAGCCUGGGAAGGCUCGCCCCCUUUCGUCAUCAGCCCUCCUGGCCUCGCUGCCCUCUCUUAAAGCACCUGCUUCCCUCGUCCUCUCCUGACCCGAGUUUGCUCUGAGGGCCUUGAAGCAAGGGGCAAGAGUCGGGUUGUGGGGGUGUGUCCCAAGGGCAGAAAUGUGGACCCUGGCUGUGCCCUCAGGCAGCCUGCCUGCUCCUCCCAAGUUCAUUGUCCACCCCAGAGGCCCUGUCUCAGAGUGGCCAGCGAUUCCCGGCUCAGGGCUUCAGCUUUGCCCCUGGGGAAUGUGCCCCUGGCAUAUCUUCUCAGCAAUAACCCCAUGGACCCUGGAACCCAACCCCGCUGGCCGACCAUCCCUGCUUCUGAGGAACCUCCCCGCCCCCAGUCCAUCGGCCAGCUCAGACUCAGAUGCCCAUCCUUGAAGCUGGGUCACUUGGCAGGCACUGGUGAAGGGACCCCUUUCUCUGCAAGGCCAGCUGUCAGGGGGUGAGGGUGGUGGUCGCGGGCAGAGCGGUGUGGUCUCUGCAUCUCUGCCCAUGCCCCAGGGGCUCAGCAGCGCAGCCACUGUCAGGGACCUCACAGUGAAGGGGAGGGAGCAGCAGGAGGUCGUGACCCCAGUGGGAAGCCAUGUGAGAUCCCCACCCCCACCCGCAGUGUCCAUCAUGUUCUUGUGGAAACUAACCAAGCCGUGCUGCCGUGACUGGGACUGAUGUCCUUUGUAUCGUGACCUCUCCCCCAAACAAGGAAUAAAGGACCACUGGUUUCCGACUGGC